GUGAAUUGAAUAAUUUGCCAUCUGGAAAUCUUAAUUUAGAGAUAAUUAAAUGCAAAAAUAUUUUCAAUGUUUUUACUAUUGAAAAAGAAAAUAUGUUUUAUUUAUAAUGAUCCGGCAACCAUGUUUUCUCUCACUCAGUCAAUAGAGAGGUUAUAAUACACACCAGAUAUAAAAUCAAAUUUAUAAAAAGUUAAACAUUGUGGAUUAACCUGCAUGUAUUAGAUUUCAAAUAUAUUCCUCGAUGAUGAACAGCACUGAGAUUGUUCAAGAGACCUUCAACACUUCAAUGUCAAACAUUCCACGUUUGCGAAGGAGUAGUGUCGUAACUGAAAUUGAAAGGUUGAAGAAGUCAAGAGAACAGAGAAGACAAAAACAAGCCGAAAAAAAGGAAGAGAAAGAAGCCUUGAUGAACUCAUUUCCUGGCAACCCCAAUUGGCAGUUUAGUGUCAUGAUAAAAGAAUACCGCAGUACUCUAGAUUUGAAACCAUUGAAGGAUUCGGACCCGAUGAAGCAGUGUCUGAUAACAGUGUGUGUAAGGAAAAGGCCUCUCAACAAGAGAGAGCUUGCCAAGAAAGAUGUCGACGUCAUAACUGUUCCUAAGAAGGACCUGAUCGUUGUGCACGAACCCAAGCUCAAGGUGGAUCUUACCAAGUACUUGGAGAAUCACGAAUUCAAAUUUGACUAUGCCUUCGAUGAAUACUGUUCCAACGACACCGUGUACAAGUUUACAGCAAAACCGCUGGUAGAUACGGUAUUUGAAGGGGGGAUGGCAACUUGUUUUGCAUACGGUCAGACUGGUAGUGGCAAAACACAUACAAUGGGCGGAAAAAUCUGCGGUAAAUCACAAGAAUAUAAAGGUGGGAUCUACGCGAUGGCAGCUAUCGAUGUCUUUGAGCAUCUGCACUCUCCUAAAUAUGAACAUUUAAAACUGAUAGUGACAGCCAGUUUUUUCGAAAUUUAUCAAGGAAAACUGUUCGACUUACUAGCCGACAAAGCUACACUUAGGGUACUAGAAGAUGGAAAACAACACGUUCAAGUUGUUGGUUUGACAGAGAGAGUAGUGAACUCAGUAGAUGCAGUUCUAAAUUUGAUACACGGAGGCAACCAGGCAAGAACAUCUGGAUCGACAGCAGCCAACCCAACUUCCUCUAGGUCACACGCGGUGUUCCAAAUCACACUGAGAAGCUCCAGAGGUCACCAGAUCCAUGGCAAGUUAUCCCUGAUUGACUUGGCUGGUAAUGAAAGAGGAGCUGACACAGCUUCGGGCGAUAGGGUUACGCGGAUGGAAGGAGCAGCCAUCAACAAGUCAUUACUGUCGCUGAAGGAGUGCAUCAGGGCGCUGGGCAAGAAGGGGGCCCACCUACCCUUCCGGGGUAGUAAACUGACUCAGGUCCUCAAAGACUCUUUCGUUGGAGAAAACACGAAGACUUGUAUGAUUGCGAUGAUCAGUCCUGGAAUGACAUCCUGCGAACAUUCCUUAAAUACACUCCGCUAUGCCGACAGGGUAAAGGAACUGACUUUUAGCUCUGACGGAGAACCCGAUGUAUGUCCCGACUUUGAACAGGAGGAUAGCGAUAUUGAUCAAGACUAUCCACCAGAGGCAAUGGUGGUGGACGAAGAGGGCACUGAACCUAGAAGUUCGGCAACACAACAAUCCAAUACAACACAACUGUGCAAUGCAAACUAUACAACACAACAAUGCAGUAUAGACAAUACAACGGUGCCUCCAUGUUACCAACAAGUCCCUGACAAAUCAGAAGAAGAGCUCAUCGAAUCUUUAAACGUAUGGAGGGCUAAAUGCAGCGAAUGUGAUGUCCAAGAGAUCGAAGUUCUCUCUGGCAUGAAACAGCCGUAUUACGAGAAAAAAGGAAUUGUGUCUCGCCUAUCACAAAUUAUAGAAGACAGAAUCAAUCAUCUUAUAGAGUUAAAUGAAAAAGUAAAGUUAUUUAGCCAAUAAAUGUAUUUUACCAUUUCCUGUAGUAGGUAAAUUACCUUUAAUAUAACAAUUUUUACUAAUUAAUAAUUCGAGAAAUUCA